GGCACGGUUACUCAGUAAAAAAAAACAUGGUGGGUUUGUUUUGGAAUUGAUAACUUGGGUAUGAAAGAGGGGAGACAUGUCCUCAGCGUUGUGGAAGUUCUCUCAAAUGAGUGUAAGGAUAGGAUUCUUUCUCCAGUGGAAAGAUGUUUCUUCUUGGUACAAAGUUGGGUUCAACGAGAAGUUGAAACUAUGCAGAGAAUGCUCCAGGAGACAGCGGUUACAUAGUGGUGUAUUUGUAAGGUACUUCUCUAGUAAAAGAUUUGGACAACUUAGGAGUAUUUCAAGUUAUGAAGGGGGAUCCAGUGGAAGCAAUGAGGGCAAAUCAGAUGAAAGGGAGAAAGAAAAGUCCUCAAGAAAAAAAGCAAUCAAAGGAGAAAGAGCAAAAAGAUUUUUUAAGAUGCAACCAAUUGAUGUCAAUUAUGAUAGAAAAUACUAUCAAAAUACAUUUAUUUCUGCUACCCGUGCCAUGAGUGAUUACCUUCUUAAACCAAGUGAUUUAGAGGGAAUCAAGACAACAGCAGUGCGGAGUGCUUAUAGUGAUCCACAACAACCUCCAGAUGUUUGCUAUUUAAAAUCAGAUGUAGAGAAAAGAGCUUAUGAAGUUUGGGGAAGCCCUGAAGCUCUUUCAAGAGAAAUCUGGAACAGAAAAAAGGUGUAUGAAGAAAGUGAACGUUAUAGGAAAGGCCUAGGAGAGCUAAUAGGACAUCUAAAGAAGUCAAUAAGAGACCAUUCUAAGAAGAAUGAAGAGAACAAGCACUAUGGUGAAAGGAUACAGAGAAAUAUGUUGUUGAAAGGUUCUGCCAAGGUUGUGACAUAUGCAAUCUGCAGCAACCUAGCAGUGAUGCUGUUUAAGUUUGGUGCUUAUCUGUACAGUGGAUCAGCAACAAUGUUAUCAGAAUCUAUACAUUCAUUAGCAGACAUGUUGAACCAGUGUCUGUUAGCUGUUGGAAUCAUGCAGUCAAUCAAGAAACCUUCUCCAGAUCAUCCAUAUGGCUGGUCAAGAGCUCGUUACGUGUAUUCUCUUAUUAGUGGUGUUGGGAUUUUUUUCCUUGGAGCUGGUGUAACAAUGUAUCAUGGUGUGUCAGGCCUGAUGAAUCCAUCUCCAUUAGAGAAUCUUACAAUGGCCUAUACUAUUCUUGCUGGAUCAUUUCUAGUGGAAGGAGCAACUUUGUUGCUGGCCAUAGGGCAGGUGCGGAAAAGUGCUCGGGAAAGUGGCAUGUCGUUCAAAGAAUAUGUGAUGCGUGGUAGAGAUCCCAGUGCAGUGACAGUCCUACUUGAGGAUGGUGCUGCUGUAGCUGGAGUUAUGUUGGCUACAUGCUGCCUUGGUCUUACCUCUUACACUGGAAGCCCUGUAUUUGAUGCUUUGGGUUCAGUAAUGAUUGGAGGGCUUCUUGGCUCAUUUGCAGUGUUCCUUAUUGGUAGAAAUGCUGACUUCCUGAUUGGAAGAUCUAUUCCAGUUAACAGAAUCCAGCAAAUCAUUGAAGUAUUAGAAAGUGAUAUUGUGGUCAGGUCGAUACAUGACGUGAAAGCUACUGAGAUGGGAGCAGAUGUAGUUCGUUUCAAGGCUGAGGUAAAUUUUGAUGGACGAGAAAUUACUCGCUGUCAUCUCAACAGAGUUGAUAUGGAACUGUUAUUAGAGGAGGUCCAACAGCUGACCACAGUGCCUGAACUAGAACUUUUUCUCCUGGAACACGGAGAAGAAGUAAUUGAUAUGUUGGGUCAACAAGUAGACAGAAUUGAGAAAAAUAUUAAGAAAAGAAAUCCCGAAGUGCGUCAUGUUGAUUUGGAGAUUCUUUGAAGAAACGUGUUCCUUAUCAGUUGACCACGAAGGAUUUUCAAGCUCUUUGCUGUACAGUAUCCUUGACUCAAGCUUGUCAGGGAUAAAUUGAUGGAAAAUUAAUCCUGACAAUUUAUUCAUCCCUUCUUAAGUGAGGACUUAUCGUGAUCACACUAGAGACGAUGUGUUACGACCAGCAGACAUACACAUUGUCGGAAAAAAAGUCUUACCUCUCCCAUAAUUUUCAUUAUAAAAUGAAUUGGAGGGCCCAUAAUUUACUCAGAGACGUUUCCCAGUAUGGAUAAAAACUACUCGAGUUGAAAUCUGCAGUUUUGCGAGGCACGACGGUUGAUGUGGAGGGCUUGUGAAUGUCUUUGUUAGGACAAUCCUCUAUGAGAUUCAAAAGUGGCAGCAUCAAAUGCCGUUUUAGUUUCGCGUUCUCGAAUAAUCAAGGACAUUAGCGGUUUGAAGAUAGUUGCCAUCUUAGUCGCUAAUUACCUUAUCUAUCGUUUGAAUUUAAUUAAAUUUAAUAGGAUAAUAAGAAUAAUGCUAAAUUUUUG